AGAAUAACUUUAAGCUACCAAUUUUAUUAAAAUCACCACCCUCUUGGGGUUUGUCUUAGAGUGAGCACUAUGUCUGGUGAUUUCCUUCCUGAAAACUCAAUUGUGGUGGGGUGUGGAGCGGUGGGCUUGGAUUUCUUGGCCACCGUUGCUGCUUAUCCCAAGCCAGAUCAAAAAAUCAGAAGCACUUCCUUCAAAAUUGAAGGAGGUGGCAACACAGGCAAUGCCUUAACCUGCGCGGCUCGCUUGGGCCUCAAGCCAAGGAUCAUCUCCAAGGUUGCAGAUGACACUCAAGGAAAGCACAUAUUAGAUGAGCUGCAGGCCGAUGGUGUAGAUACCUCCUUUAUGGUGGUUUCUAAGGAAGGCACGUCGCCAUUUACCUAUAUCAUUGUCGACAACCAAACCAAGUCGCGAACUUGUAUACAUACACCAGGAUUUCCUCCAAUGAAACCAGAAGAUCUUCCUAAAUCAAGUUUGUUAUCCGCGUUGAAUGGAGCGAGAAUUGCUUAUUUUGAUGGGAGAUUGCAUGAAACUGCUCAAGUUGUUGCAAACGAGGCAGUUAAGAUGAAUAUACCUAUCUUGAUGGAUGCAGAAAGGCUAAGAGAGGGUUUGGAUGAUCUUUUGAAAGUAGUUGAUUAUGUCGUAUGCGCUGCACAGUUUCCACAGGCAUGGACAGAGGCAUCAACUAUUCCAAAAGCACUUGUUUCUAUGCUUCUAAAGUUGCCGAAAGCCAAAUUUGUGAUCGUAACUUUGGGAAAAGACGGUUGCGUAAUGCUUGAGAGAAGUGCUAAUGAGGUUCCAUCCACAGAAGAAGAAAUGAAUGUUGACAAAUUACUGGAAUCUCUGGAAACACGAAAGAAUGGGACCGUAUGCACCCCAACCUGCAUAUCAUCGUCGGCGACAAAGUUGCGAGCAGAAGGUAUAGGAACAAUUUGUGGUAGGUUGUACAUUGGAACAGCGGAAAACAUACCACCAUCAGAGCUUAUCGAUACCACUGGUGCCGGUGAUGCAUUCACAGGAGCUGUUCUCUAUGCUAUCUGCGCCAACUUUGCAACAGAGAAAAUGCUAUGCUUUGCUGCCAAUGUGGCAGCUGCCAAGUGCAGAGCUCUAGGGGCGCGAAGCGGCCUUCCGCUCCGCGCCGCGAUGAUAGGCGCCUAGGCGGCCUAGCUACCUUCAUGUAGUAGUUUAAAAAUUGUAGUGAGAUUAUGAGGACUUAUCUCCAUGAAUUGUCUUAAAUAGUUACCCACAAAAGUGAAAAAAAAUGUGGCUGCUGAAUUGUCAUGAAAUUGUCUUAAAUAGUUACCCACAAAAGUGAAAAAAAAUGUGGCUGCUGGGAUUCGAGCCCAGGUCUCCACGGCCACAACGUGGAAUUCUUACCACUAAACUACAGCCACUUUUGAUGUCA